AUGUUCAGCGAUAUCGUUAGAAACGGUGAGUUUUCAAAAAUAUUUUGAUUUCUGAAGUCUUAAGAAUGAGAGGAAUUUGGCGUAGCUAAUAAAAAAUAAUAUUACUCAGCUCUCGUAAAUAAACUCAAAAAGCAGCUGAUUUUUUUCUCUCUAUUCUGUUGUUGUUUUCUACGCGCCCGCUCAUUGGUUCCUUAGCGAAUUUGCACCAAAAAAAAAAAUGUUUUUUUUAAGAGUGAGGGAUUUGCAGUAAACAAUAUUGGUCACUGGUCUCUUACUCAAGGGAAAAAAGAGAAUUUGCAUAAAUAAAGAAAAAAGUAAGGAAUAGGAAGCUUGUAGGAAGAUCUUUGAGGUUUUGAUUCAGAUUUAGGUUUAUUUAAGGGUUCUUUGACUUCAUUUCUCAAUCAACCUCACAUUUUUUUCUUCUAGCAAAGGGUUUUUCAAAUUUAGAUCAAUGAAUAGUUUUACUACAAGUAUUGGUAAAGAACCUUUGUCAUUUAAAAGAUUUUUUUCAGCUCAAGAAUCUGUCUCCAAGCCAGUUCAGCAGCAGCGUCGCCAAGCCCCAGGGGAGGCCGAGUUCAACGCUUCUGCCACUAUUGACGCUAGUGAGUUGGAAAAAAAAGAACCAUUGAGUAAAUGAACAACUUUUGCAGUUGCCAAUCACGACUCUCAAGUGUUCCCUCCAUUGGCGGACAGCACCGUCGAGGCGAUCACUGAGCAGCACAAUGUCAUUAUUCAAGAUCGUCGUGAAGGUGAUUAAAAAUGAAAAAUCGAUUGAAAAUUGGUUUUUGUGGUCUAUGUGUUUUUUUAAUAAGGUUAUUUGAAGAAGUUAGAUAGGAAUCGUUUUUGCCUAUGCGCCUUUAAUAAGGGCUUGAAAAAAAUUAGUUAAAAAAAAAGUCUUUUAUGCAUUUUCAAUAAAGUGAUUUAAAAAUAUCAGAUAGGAAUUGUUUUCGCCUAUGCGCCUUUAAUAAGGUGAUUGAAAAAGUUAGAUAAAAAUUUUCAAUGUCUAUGCGCCUUUAAAAAGGUAGUUCAAUAACGUUUUACAAAAAGUCAAUGGAACAUUUUUAGGUCCCUUCUUAACUAUGUGCCUUUCAGAACGUUGUCGGAACAUUUUUGCGCUUUUUGAGAAAUUUGGGGCGAUUUUUCCUUUCAAUAAAGUUAGAAAAGAUCUUUUCGAAUAACUUGAAAGCAUAGUUGAUUUUCUGAAAACAAUUUUCCAAUUUUUCCAGCCGACAUCGCGCCGAGAGGCAUGAUCAACGGCUUGAUCAACGCCUACCAGAACGUCAGUCAGAUGAUGACCGCCCGUGGAAACGAGUCCAUCUCUGAUGAUGAUGGUAAUAAUUAUUGGAAAAGGAAAUAUUUAAACUAUCAAUUUUCAGCUGAAAUCAUCUCGAAAAAAGACAAGACGGCGACUCUUCACGACGCCCAUGGCAACACUGCCAAGGUUGCCUAUGGACAUGGUAAUUUUCAGAGGGAAAUUUGAGAUUUGAUGUUUUUAUUUUCAGAAAUCAAACGAGAAGAUGCUCCUCUGCCUGGAGAAGAGGAUAUCAUCGUCAAGAGCUACGCGGCUGUCGUUGGUUGGUUUUAUGAACCUUCACAGUUUCCAGAUGAUUUUUCCAUUAAUUUUACAUAAUCAGUCACUAUCUUCUUUAAUUUUUCAUAGCUUAAUGUUCAAGAAAAUCAUUUUCAGUUGACGGAAACGCCCCCGAACAAGUUCACGACACUUUGAUCGCGUCCGGAUCGGGUUCUGAUGAGGAACAUCAUCUGGAAGGACACAAGAAGAUCCGUCGCCAAGGUGGACGUCAUCAACGUCAUCGCAAUGGUUUGUUUAAAAAAUAAUCGAGUUCAAAGAUGAAAAAAUCCUUUCAGCUCACCACGCUGCCGAACGCACCAAGCAAGACGUCAGAGAGACUGUCGAAGAGGUGAAACACGUCGGCAAGCAGGCCGCCGCUAGAACUUCUGAGAAGCUGGAAGAGACGAAACAGAGGGCCGGCGAGAAGAUCGAAGACGUCAAGCAGGGCGCCAAGGACAUGGCUCGUGACACUGCAAACGCAGUCAGCCAGAAGGCCGAGGCUGCCAAGGAAGUCGCCGCCGACGCGACUGAAGCCGCCAAGAACAUGGCUCGCGACACGGCCAACGUCGUCAGCGAGAAGACCGAAGCCGCUGUUGAAGUGACCAAGGAAGCCGCCGCCGACGCGACUGAGGCUGCCAAGUCCUACGCCGGCCAGGCCUACGACGCCGCCGCCAACGUCGGACAUCAAGCCGUCGACACCGCCAAAAGCGCGGUUAACACUGUCGUCGGAGGCGUCGUGGACACGACCAAGAACGCGGCAAACGCCGUCGUCGAGACCGUUCACAACGUUGUUGAUGGCGUAACCACUACCGCCAGCAACGCUGCCCACGCCGUCGUUGACACGACUUACAAUGCCGCUCACGCUGUCGUUGAUACCACCUACAAUGCUGCCAACGCCGUCUACGAGGGAGCCGCCAAUGUCACCCACAAGGCGGUCGACACGGCCAGCAACGCUGCCCACGCCGUCGUUGACACCACCUACAACGCGGCGAAUGCCGUCUACGAGAACACCGCCGCCGUCGGGACCCAAGCCGCUCAGAUCGCUGGAUCUGUCGGCCAUGCCGCCGUCGUCACUGCGGCUACCGCUGCCAAUACGGUCUACGAAGGAGGCGCCCUUGCGGCGGAGAAGGCCAAGGAUGGAGCUGCUGUCGUUUAUGAUAGUAAGUUUUGUCGAAAAGUUGAAUCCAGAAGCUUCACAUUUUGACCUCGAAAAAUGACAACCUUUCUUAUCUUGCAGACACGGCUAUCGCUGCGGCCACCGCUGCCGAACUCGCCAGCCAAGCUGCCGGAGCGGCUAAGGAAGGUGCCAACACCGUCAUUGAAGGUUUGUCAAAUCAACAAAAUGUCUCUAUAUUCUCAUUUUCAGGCACUACCAACGUCGCCGCAACUGCUGCCGUCCUCGCCAAGGACGGUGCCAACUCGGCGAUCGAUGGAGCCGCGAACCUUGGUCACCAGGCUGCCGAAACUGCCACCAUCGCCGCUGGAACUGCUGCAGCUCUGGCUCGCGAUGGAGCUAACACAGUCAUCGAUGGUGGGGAUGCUGAUAAUUUACCAGAAACUUGAGACUUUUAGCUCAAAAAUCACUUAAGAUCGGGCUUCAUAACAUCUAAGUUGAUAAAAACAGUUCAACGAUCUGUCAGAUAUUGAUCUUCAAUCCAAAUUAGUCACGCUAAAAUCAAUUUUUCCAGGAACCGCUAAUGUAGCUGCCACGGCUGCGGUCCUUGCCAAAGACGGAGCCAACGCCGCUUACGAAGGCGCCGCCAAUCUCGGACAUCAGGCUGCCGAAACUGCCACAAUUGCGGCUGGAACUGCUGCGGCUCUUGCACGGGAUGGAGCUAACACCGUCAUUGAAGGUUUGAGAACUUUCUGCGGACUAAAAUUUUGAUUUGAUCAUUUUUAGGAACCACUAACGUUGCCGCCACAGCUGCCGUUCUCGCCAAGGACGGUGCUAACACGGCCAUCGAAGGCGCUGCCAAUCUCGGACAUCAGGCUGCUGAGACCGCUGCCGUAGCUGCCGGAACUGCCGCUGAACUCGCCAACCAAGCUGCCGGCAAGGCUCGUGAAGGCGCCAACGUCGUCUACGAGAAAGGAGCCGAUCUCGGAAACCGUGCUGCUGAAACCACCAAGCAGGCGGCGGAUACCGCCAUCGGAGUGGCUGCCCUCGCCGCCGACAAGACCCGCGAAGGCGCUGCCAUCGCCGCCGACACGGCUCGCUCUGCUGCGAACCAGGCGACGAUCGCUGCCGCGACUGCUGCCGAGCUCGCCAAGGAAGGCGCCACCACCGUCAUCGAUGGUUAGGAUAUUCUAGAAUCGGCCCAAAUUUACCUGAAUUCAUUAAAGGUACCGCUAAUGUAGCUGCCACGGCUGCGGUUCUGGCCAAGGACGGAGCUAACGCUGCCUACGAAGGCGCUGCCAAUCUUGGUCACAAGGCUGCUGAAAACGCCAGCAUCGCCGCUGGAACUGCUGCAGUUCUGGCUCGUGAUGGAGCUAACACUGUGAUCGAAGGUGAGAAUAAAGUUCUGAAAAAAAUCUUAUGUAUGAGCUCCGAGAAGCUUCUAUCUUUGAAAGGAAGUUUGAACAUAAUCCUGAGACUUUUGAAGCGAAUUAAAAAAAAAACAUGGCUUUGGAUGAUCAUUUUUGUUGUUUCAGGCACGACCAACGUCGCCGCAACUGCUGCCGUUCUCGCCAAAGACGGUGCCAACACGGCCAUCGAAGGCGCUGCCAAUCUCGGACAUCAGGCUGCUGAGACCGCUGCCGUAGCUGCCGGAACUGCCGCUGAACUCGCCAACCAAGCUGCCGGCAAGGCUCGUGAAGGCGCCAACGUCGUCUACGAAAAAGGAGCUGAACUCGGCAACCGUGCGGCUGAAACCACCAAGCAGGCUGCGGACACCGCCAUCGGAGUGGCUGCCCUUGCCGCCGACAAGACCCGCGAAGGCGCCGCCAUCGCUGCGGAUUCGGCUCGUUCUGCGGCCAACCAGGCUUACGAAGGAGCUGCCGACCUUGGCAACCGUGCGGCUGAGACCACCAGAAGAGCCGCUGACGCUGCUGUCGACGUUGCCGGAGAAGCAGCGGAGAAGACCCGUGAGGGAGCCGCAGUUGCUGCGGACACGGCUCGCUCUGCGGCCAACAGAACCUAUGCCGCGGUCGCCAACACGGCCAACGCCGCCGCUGAAAAGACCCGCGAAGUCAAGGAAUCCACCGCCGAAGCCUACGACAAGGCCAUCGAGACCGGCCUCAUCGCUGCCCAUCAGCCUCCAAUCACCUCGGAGAACCUCUACCAGGAGCACCUCCACGACAUCCACGGCGAACAUCUGAUGGCCACCAACGCUGAAGACUUUGAACGUCUUCCUGGAGGUUGCGUCUUGGAGGCCACCAUCAUCGAGACCCAGCUUCGACCUGCUACUCACAUCGAGUCGGCGACUGGCCCUGCCAACGUCGUCAACACCCGAGAGGAGAAGAUAGAACAGGCCGCCGCGUCCAACGACAUGGUCUUUGAAGGAGCCGCUGAUGCGGGAAUCCAGGUGUGUUAAUUGAAAACGGGAUAUAAUUGUUUAGAAUGUGAGAGGAUUUUAUGGGUUUUUAGAAAGAACUUAGGUGCUCUUGAGCCUACAAUUUUCAACAAUCAGUGAGAAGUUAUCAUUAUUUUGAUUUUCAGGUGAUCGAAAAGAUCGACAGCGAACUUGAAGCUGUCCGCCGUGACCUCGCCGCCGUCGGAGUUCAUCCGGCUCCGUUCCCAACUGAGCUCUACGAUGCCCCGACCGGCAAGUCCAUCGAGCAGAUCGUCAAGGGACAAGAAACGACCGGACCCAAAUUGGCUGUCGAACCGUCGGCUCCAUGGGAGAACCGCCUGCCUACCAACAAGGUCUACGAUGGCGCCACGACCGUCGCACAGAAGAUCAUCGACGCCGCGACCGCCGGCAUGGAGAAGGCCAAGGAGGGCGCCCAGAGCGUCGUCGAGACUGCCAAGGACAUUGCCUCCAACGUCAACGAGUCGUCUUCGGAGACGAUGGACGGCGCCAGCAGGACUGGAAACACCAUCGGAGGCGGUGACUGGACUCGGGGUUCGUUUUUCCAAUAUUAUUUUCCGAAAGCCUGAAAGUUUUUGACAAGACUAGGCUUACCAGACUUUUCCGAGAUCUAACUCUAUCAAUUUUUCAGUUGAAUCCCGUGCAACUCCCGCUUCUUGCAAGCAGAUGCUCGACGAGGCCACCAAGGGACGUCACCUCCACGGCCACUCCCACGUCACCUUUGGCAACGGCGGCUAUUAA